AUGUUCCUUUUUGCUUGUGAUUUCUCUUGUGGUGUUGUUGACUUCGCCUUGUCGUUCGUGUUCCGAGGUGGCGGAUUCCUUGGUGCCGGGUACCUUGGUGGCAGGUUCUGUGCUGGCUGGUUCGCAGGUGGCGGGUUGGGUGCUGGCGGUGGUGGCGGGUUCGCUGAUGGAGGUGGUGGCUGGUUCGCAGUGUUCCUUUUUGCUUGUGAUUUCUCUUGUGGUGUUGUUGACUUCGCCUUGUCGUUCGUGUUCCGAGGUGGCGGAUUCCUUGGUGCUGGGUACCUUGGUGGCAGGUUCUGUGCUGGCUGGUUCGCAGGUGGCGGGUUGGGUGCUGGCGGUGGUGGCGGGUUCGCUGAUGGAGGUGGUGGCUGGUUCGCAGGUGGCGGGUUGGGUGCUGGCGGUGGUGGCGGGUUCGCUGAUGGCGGUGGUGGCUGGUUCGCAGGUGGCGGGUUCACUGAUGGCGGUGGUGGCGGGUUCCCUCGUGGUGUCUUCCGUGGUGGCGGAUGA